CAACUUGCGUCUCAGAGCGCAGCAUAUUCAUGGCUGCUCUUGCCUCCUUCCACUGCUAGCAUGCUCGCCGUCGUACAUCGAAUCCCUAUUUCAUUCCGUCUUCAACAUUGUGUCUCAGGUGGACCCGCGGAAACUCGAGCAUCUGAGACAUGACCGAUGGUCAGAACCCAGAGACAUCCGCGGGCACGCCCGCACAUCCCUUGCUCACCACCACGAUCAUUUCUGCGCCAUGUCAGCCUCUUUUGAUGCGCAAGCUUUCGUGCGAUACUCGUUGGGGGGCCGGGACCUGUCGACAAACCUGUGUCUCAUACUACAAGGCGUGUUGCUGGGGCAGUUCGCCCGGUACAUCUCGAAUGGAUUCCACCGCUCCGAUCCGACCAUAAUGCGGGUGUGGCUGGUGGGGCUGCUGUUUCUCACGCUGGGGAAGAACCUGUCCGACUUGUAUGUCACGCACCGUCAGAACACGACACGGUUCCUCGAUGCAUCCGGCGUGCUCAUGGACUAUAUCUCCCUCAAAGGCCAAGCGAGCUACUUGGUGAACGUCGUUCUUGUGUUUUACGUCCAGAUCUUCUUCUGUUGGCGGCUUUGGACACUUUGCAGAAGAAUCUGGCUGCCAUCGCUGAUUGCUCUGUCAUUCGUCGGGGCUGCUAUCGCAGGAAUCCUCUCUGUUCCCGCGACACAUGCGAAAUAUGUGCUCCGAUGGUCCGCAGCAUGUUAUAUCAUCUAUUUCGCGGGCGAUCUGAUCCUCUGCGCAUCAAUGAUGUACCAUCUCCUCAUAAGCACUGAUGCCAGGUCAAGCCAACUCUUCCGCGACACAGCAAACGUUCUUGCCCGGAUCGCCCGAAUCACGAUCCAAUCCGCACUCCCGGCGGUCAUCUGCGCGCUGGUCGAUCUCAUCGCGUCGCAGAUAAAUCAGAACUACUACGCCCUCGACGUCGCGACGACGCUGACGAUUAUCACGACGCACGUGCUCCCGAUGUGUUACGCACUGUCGUCGCUUUGGACGUUAAAUUCGAGGAUGGGCUGGAGACGGGCGGGGGAAACAAGGGACGCAGCGAGUUCCAGAGGAUGUUCAGUCGAAGCGCCGUAAUUGAUGACGGGCGGCUCGCUCGAGUCUACGUGGAUUGUACGUCCGCGAGGUGCUGCGUGGGAAAAAGGAAAGGGCUGGUUAAUGAUUGGCGUGCGCGAUGUUCGUUUUAUGGCAGAAUGCUGAGAUUCCUUGCGUGAGGUUGCUCUCAACAAGCUGUGCCGAGGAAAAAGUGCAAUGGCCUCGACCGCGAAAUGAACGCGGGACCACUUCCACCCUCACACUCAGACGCCCUAAGGAAGUAUCAUACGACUAGGCCAUUAAGGCAGCGGAGCCGUUGCUCCCCGAAUCACCCUGCACUCUCAAAGAUGAAACAUUUCCUUCGUACUCUCACAGAUGAAAUAUUUCCUUCGUAAUGU